AUGCCAGCUACACCCCUUCCGGCUCCUCGACGACUAUUGACUGUCCACUCGUCAACAGGAGAACAAGUCAUCUUAGAUGAGACUACCCCAUACCCUACCAACGAUGAACAUCUCAAAGCUUUCGUAGGCUACAUCCAGCCUGAUGCCAUUGGGAAGCCCAAUAAGGCUCUCGAAUGGGCUGAGAAUAGGCCGGUCGGUAAAAUCAGUCAUGAUGAUCAAACUUCCCUUAGAUGGGUUGAUAUCCCACCUCAAUAUAAAGGUGCACAACACUAUACCAACACGUUCGACUACGUUAUCGUAACUCACGGUGAACUUGAACUGAUCCUUCCCGAUGGUCAAACGAAAAUCGUCAAAGUCGGCGAUGCAGUCGUCCAAGCUGCUAACAUUCACGCCUGGAACAACAAUACCGAUGAAUGGGCUAGAUUCGUUGGUGUCGUUGUACCUUCAGAACCAGCAACUGUCAAUGGGAAAACCCUUGAUCGACCUCCUUUUAACGGGUACCUUGCCCAAUUCUAG